AUGCUUGCUGUACUGCGCAUGAUCCUCACCCAAACUCUGACCACAGGCAACAAUGGGAGUCCCCGUACCAGCAGCAUUUCUGGUCUCAACACCCCCGCAGGCACAAGUUCGGCCUCCAGCAGUAACUUCAAUCUCACUUCAUCUCCACAUUCGAAUGGACUUUCUCCAGUGCGUCUCCUCCUAGCCAUGCCAUAUUUAAUUGCACUAGCAAGGAUCCACCUACUGCAGGGUCUUGUAUUUGGGCCCAACGGACCGUUAGGACCCCCUGGUAUCUCUUCGCGAGGCAUCAGUCAGCCAAUGGGACCACUUAAUAGGGGUGCAGGUAAUUUUGCUACCGCUACUGGUGGAGCUGGCGGUAUUAUAAUGGCUGGAGAUGCGCAUCACGCCUCGUUUUCUGCAAGACAGGUUCACGCACAGCAAACUUCUGUGCUUCUACAAAGGCAUGUUGUCCUACUGUCAGGUGGCGUUGGCAUCACGGCAUCAGCAAAAGACUCCUGUAUCUUCUAUUACUGUCGUAUUCGCCUGCGUAUUCGUAUCGACAUGGGACCGUCAACGGACAUGCUAAAUCUGAUACAGAUUGAUCGUCAAGACCCUUAUGAACGUCAGCUUGAUCUGUUUGCCCAGGCCUCCAACCUCCUUCGCAACCACUCUCCAGGCGACCUCUUCUGCAAUAUGUGGUUUAACCAGCUGCACCACUUGGAAGCAUUCUGGAGUGAUUAUUUGUCUGGAUUUCUGAAAGAGAUGCUCAUGAGCAAUUUGUCGAGCCCCUCACCACAAAGCCUGGUUGGACGUUACGAGACAGCCGUUCAUUAUACAGACGCCAGCACACAGACA